AUGUCGGGGAGUCAAUUACAAGACGAAGCAACGUCCGGAAAGGGAUUUAUUAUGUUCAGAACUCCCAUAAUUAAGUCACAUAUGGGCCCGAAAAGAAUUCAGAAGAAAGAAUCGAAGGUUCGGCUUCGGGGGCGGCCACGAAAAGAAGCAACAGAUGAGCCCCUUGGAGAGAAACGAGCCCGGGGGCGAGAAGCUCAGAAAAAUUAUAUGGCCAGGAAGCAAGCAGAGACAGAUCGGUUGAGGAAACGCAUAGCCUCCUUAGACAAGACGGUUGAGUCAAUAGUGACUGAGUUCAUUCACUUUGGAGAUCGACGAGUCAACUCUUCUCAACCCUUGAGCGGGAUUCCUCAGUUGGAUGACUUGAAACAAACGACGAGAAGAAUCCUCGGCCAUGCCCACACUGCCGAAUCACUGGCUAACGAAGGGGGGGUUAUUGGUUUCCCUCCGUCUCGAAUCCAAACUGGUCACUUCAGCCCUCGACUUGGCUAUGGACUUCUAAACAAGACCGCCCAAGUUGGUGCGGCCGAGGAAUUCUUGAGCCACUACUUCGUCGCAGGGCCCAACUCAUUCGCCUUGCGUCUCUACAAGGACCCAAUCAUCCUCAGCAUCCGAAUUUUGCAAGGAGAAAUAUCGACUCCCGGGUUCAUUCCAAGUCUCAUGCGAUAUCGAUUUCGAUACGAGAAACCUGACAACUAUGUCACUGGCGCAUCAAACUUCCUCCAACGACUGUCUCUGCAGGACCCCGUAAUGGAUAGUGCAGCUCCAGGGACGCCUGACACAGAGAACGAAAGUGGUAUCCUCCUCUUCGGUCCUUCUCACCCUGUCAUGAAUUCAGUGCUUCGAGCGACAAUGUACCAAGACUUGGUCCAAGGAGUUGGAUCGGUCGGAGAGGGGCUAGAUCCGUAUAACACGCAAUUGUAUCUCCGGAGCCAAUGGGGACUCAAGCUCACGGCUUCCACUGCUAGACUUUUGCCAACGUCCAAAUGUCGGCAGGGAGAGAUACGUGGUAACUCUGAAGCUGGCCAAUUCGUGUCUUCCUACGACCCUGGGUCUGGCCUCUCGGAUAGUUUUGUGGAGGAGUCCAGCCCAGUUCUCCCAGCUCAAUCGCUUGCAGAGAGUCUAAUCAGGAAAUCUGUCUGUUUCGGCGAAGGUCCAAGAUUCUACAAAGGAAAUAUCGACGCCACUGCUGCUGAGUUCCUUGCUCGUGUGGGAGAUUUGCAGCAAGUUCUUGGGCUGCCUAUUUUAUUUCUGGGCUGUCUUUUUCUUGUACAAAGUCAGGAAGGCAAAGCAAUGCGCUUCAGAUGCCUAGCCGCAAGUGACGAAGUGUAGCAAAACUUUAUCCAGAGGAUGCCUUUCAACAAUACAAAAGUUUUCGGAUCAUUUCCUAUUUCCAAGCUAUUGAAACUGUGGAGGAAUUGCGAGGAGGCAG